GCGCAAACCGCCAAAGUUUUGUUCAAGUUUUGUGAUAAUAUUCUACCGGGUGCUCAAUUGAUUCUGACUACAUAAACCAUACAUAAACCUUAAAAUUCCAGAGAAUACGCGUCGAGUCGUCGGGACAUCCGGUAGUUCAUUAUGGCGCCAAUUUUUCACAACAAAACAAACAUUUGUUACUGAUAAGGUGAUACACAAACAGAACAUUCAGUGAUCUUUUAAUUUAAUAUUUCUUUCAUUUUCAUUUUAGUGUGAUUUAAGUUAAUUUAUAAACACCACCAUGUCCAAAAUAAGACACAGAAAUUUCGACUACGAUCCAAAGCUGUUUUUACGCUGUCACUCUAAAACUGACCGGGAUUAUGCGGAUAUUAAAACUCAGGUUUGGCAAGCGAGUUUUGAGCCAUCGAAAUCUUCCAAAUUAGUCGCCACGUGCGGUGGAAAUAAAAUUUGUAUAAUUGAUGUUAGAUCACAAGAGGUCGAUCAAAGAUAUACAGCUGAUACCAAAGAAAUUUUCUAUACUUUAUCAUGGGGUAAAUUGAAACACGAACUUCUGGAAGAAGAUGGAUCAAUUUUAGCCGCUGGCGGCGUUCGAAAUAUUAUAUAUUUCAUGUUUCCUGCUCGUGAAAUUCUACUGACUCAGUAUCCCAUCAAAGUAUCCAAACCGGCUUCCACUCAUAUUAGUUGUUUGUUAUUUCAUCCGUCGGAUGAAAAUAUAUUAUUUUGUGCUUUCAAUAAUGGAGAAAUUCUAAUUCUACGCUUGAGUAUCAAUGAAGAUUUGAUGUUGAUCAUCACUGAAAUUAACAAGAUUACUUGUUUCUAUGAAAUAUUCAGCCUGUCGUAUUGUUCGAGUCUAAAUUUACUCCUAGCUGCUUCGGAUAAUGGUUUGCUCGGGUGGUUUGUCGAUAACUGCGAUGAAGAGAUCUUGACAGGAGAUAUUUUAAGAUUUCGUUUACCUGAAAAAGAAGGUGAUCCCCAAUCCACCGGAUUUGAUUUAGUUGAUUCUGUGGAAAAAAUAAAUGAUAAAUUGAUCGCGGUGAAAUGUGCGCUACACGGAUACAUCUACAUUUGCAGUUUGGAUAAUAUAAAAAAUCUCGCGAGAGAUUCUCAGUGUAUAGGUCUACAACCAAAUUAUAAUUUAAAUUGGAGCAAAACGGAUAAUUAUUUCAUGGGAAUCAGUGUAAAUUAUGAAAAAGGUCUUCUCACUUGUGGCGAUGAUCAAGGAGCCAUUUGGAUCUAUGAUAUUGAAAUGUUGAAGAAGAAGGAGGAACUGCCUAAAAAACCUCUACCCAUAAUGCCUGCCAGGACCAUUCAAUGGCCUGUUGUAAACGAUAAAUAUGUCGCGAAAUCUAGAAAACUCGAUUUAGACGUUUACGAUAUUGUGAUAGCCAAAGCAGCUAUACACCCAAAGGGUAAAUACAUAGUCGCUGUAACUAAUAAUAAUACCGUUUGUAUCUGGAAAUUGACGAGUAAUAAUAAAUGAGUUUUCACUUUGA